ACGUACUUCUUGGGCAAAAGACAAUUCUUUGUCUUCUUCUUCUUCUUCUUCUUGUUAUGGAUCUAUAAAGUGAAGCCCCUCGCUCUUUCCUCUAUCUACAAACAUAGUGCAAGACAUUCUAAAAAGUUAUGGAUAUCUAUUCGUAUCAUGAGUUGAUCAUAUUCAUGCGAUUGCUUUUCCCUUUGAUCGCAUGCCUCCUUCUCUUACUCCCUCGCUCUUUGUCUUCUAAUUAUCUGCCUUCGCUUUGCCAUCAAGAAGAGAGGAGAGCUCUGAUGCAAUUCAAGGAUAGCUUUAUCAUAAAAAACAACUCUUUCUGCGAAUACACUGAGGAGAACCAUCCUGAGGUUGCAUCAUGGAGAAUGGAUGGAAAUAAUACCAAUUGUUGUGUAUGGGAUGGGGUUGAAUGCAACCAAGACACGGGUCAUGUCAUCGCCCUCAACCUUUUGAGGAGUUGUCUCUAUGGUUCUAUCACCUCCAACAGUAGUCUCUUCCGCCUUCUUCAUCUUCAAGACCUUACUCUUGUUUUCAAUGACUUCAAUCACUCCCAAAUUCCAUCUGAGAUUGGUAAUCUUUCAAGCCUAACAUAUCUUGACCUCUUCAACUCCAACUUUUCAGGACAAAUCCCCUCUGAGAUUCAAUACCUAUCCAAGUUAUCUUCUCUUUCGCUGGGUUCCUUAGAUGGUUAUAAUUAUUUAUAUACCAAAAGUCUGACAAGUUUAGUGCAAAAUUUAACCAACCUUGAAGAGCUUGCAUUGAGUAAUAUCAACAUAUCUUCCACUAUACCUGAAAGCCUGGCAAAUUUAUCUUCUUUAAAAUUUCUAUUUUUGGAUAGCUGCGGACUGUACGGGCAAUUCCCAACAAGAAUUUUUCAGCUACCACACCUACAGGACCUAGAUGUUCGAUACAAUAAAAAUCUCACUGGUCAUUUGCCCGAAUUUCACACAAACUCUCCUCUCGUGCAUUUAUAUCUUGGCAGCACAAAUUUCUCUGGUGAUCUACCUGCUUCAAUUGGAAACCUUAAUUCCUUAACUUUCUUCGAUAUUUCCAAUUGUAAUUUUUCUGGAGCCAUCCCAAAUUCUUUGAGUAACCUUACCCAACUCACUUUGCUAGACCUUUCACAAAACUCAUUCAACGAUUUGUCGUGGUUCACCAGACCUAGUUCAAACGCCAUUCUUCCACAGUUUGAAAUGUUAGGAUUGGAUCAUCUCAACUUAACAAAGUUUCCAGAUGUAUUACGAAACCAAAGUAAAUUGGAGUAUCUAUUGCUGCGAGGCAACAAUCUUCAAGGCUUGAUACCCAAAUGGAUGCAUAAUGUAAGUAAAGAUUCUCUUCAAUUGCUCUACCUUUCUAACAACUUUCUCACUAGCUUUGAAAAUUUUCCAGCAAUUAUCCCAUGGCCAAAUCUAAAAGAUUUACUCCUUGACAAUAACAUGAUGAAUGGAUCGCUCCCAAUUCCACCACCAUCCCUACAGGUUUAUGUCGUCAGCAAUAAUUUAUUCACCGGAAGGAUUUCACCAUUUUUUUGCAAUAUGAGUUCACCUAGAGAGCUUGAUUUGUCCUAUAACCAUUUGAGUGGCAUGAUUCAUCCAUGUUUUGGCAACUUGAAUCAAACAUCUUUGUCAAUCCUAGCACUACGAUGCAACAACUUAGGUGGCACCAUCCCAAAAACAUGGGCAAAAGGAUGCCUCCUAAGGAUGCUGGACUUGAGUCAAAACCAGUUACAGGGUCAUUUGCCAAGAUCUUUGGCCAACUGUACUGAGCUUGAGUAUCUUCAUGUUGGCCACAAUCAAAUCAAUGAUACAUAUCCCUCUUGGUUGGGAACUCUUCAACAGUUAAAGAUUCUUGUUUUCCAUUCUAAUGGCUUCCAUGGUGCAAUAUGGAGUCCGGAAACAAAUUACUCAUUUCCCAACUUGCAUAUCAUUGACCUCUCUCACAACCAUUUGUCUGGGAAUCUGCCUACAGGAUACUUCACACAAUGGGAUGCCAUGAAAUCCAAUGGUGUAAAGAAUUUACAUUACCUGGGGGACUGGGUCAACUAUUCAAUUACAAUGGCAAUCAAAGGUGUGGAGUUGGAAUAUAAGAAGAUCCAUGAUGACCUCAAAGUCAUAGAUUUCUCAUGCAACAGGUUCGAAGGAGAAAUUCCAGAACAAGUGGGGAAUCUAAAAGGACUUCACGUGUUGAACCUCUCAAAUAAUGCUUUCACUGGUCAUAUUCCAUCAUCCUUUGGGAACUUGAUAGAGCUAGAAUCAUUAGACCUUUCUCAAAACAAGUUGUUUGGAGAGAUACCUCCUGAAUUAGUCCAACUCCAUUUCCUUUCAAUGUUUAAUGUGUCACAUAAUGGCCUCACUGGACAUAUACCACAGGGGCAACAGUUUGGAACAUUUGAAAAUACUUCAUUUGAAGAUAAUCGAGGACUAUGUGGAAGGCCAUUGUCCAAAAUCUGUGGAGAUUCCAAUGUUUCACCGCCAACCUUUGAAGAGAAUCAGGGCCCAAGAUUUGUAUUUGAAUUUGGUUGGAAAGUAGUUGCGAUGGGAUAUGGAUGUGGAUUCGUAUUUGGAGUUGUUAUCGGGCACAUUGUGACAACUAGAAAGCCAGAUUUGGUUAUCAAGAUUUUUGGCAAGAAGCAACGCCAAACUCGAAUAAGCCGAGUAAAUCGUAGGAAGUAGUCAAGUAAUAUGUUGUCUUUUAUUUUUUUAAGCGUCAUUUGUAUUUCUAGUAUUAUUGUAUCUUAAUGAAUGGAAUUAGCAGUCGAUCUACACAAAGGUCAACUACUGGAUGAGCAAUUGCUUGAUAAAUGAGGAUUGUACACACUUAUAAAAUGUGUGAAUGUAGUUAGCAAUAUGCAGAGUUAUUCUUUGGUGAAAGUUUUCAAAA